GUUCCCUCUGCCCUCCUCCUCCUCCUCCCUCCCAGUCCCUUCUUCCCCUCCGCAGGUGGCUCUUCUUCUGCGCGCAAAGAGCAGCCAGGCAGCUCCCCUCUCUCCUGGGAAGCGCCGGAGAUCCGAAGAGAAGAAACUUCCCUCUUCGUUGGAGGAAAGAAGAAGAAGAAGAAGGAGAGGCAAGGGAGGCGAACUUUCCCCGGGCUUGCUUUCCCCUCCGAUCCCCAGGGGCCAAGCGAUUGGGAGGACUGGACCGCUCCUUCUUCCUCCCUUUGAAGCAUCCAAGGACCGGGACCCUCGCUUCUUUCCCCGAAGGCAAGGAGGAGAAGGAGGAGAAGGAAUCAGGGUCGGGAAGGAAGGGAAGGAGAGAGGGAGGAAAGAAGGAAAUAAGAGAGGAAAAGAGGGAGGAGGGAGGGAGGAAAGAAGGAAAGGAAAAAAGAAGGAAGGAAGGAAAAGAAAGCAAGAAGGAAAGGAGGAGGGAGGGAAGGAAAGAAGGAAGGAAAGAAGGAGGAAGGAAAGGAGGGGUCCUGGGUGCAAAGAAGGGCUGAUGCUGGAGGGGGGAAGAGGGGGGCAGAAAGAGCCAGGGAUGGAGGGGGCUGCUAACCUUCCCCUCCUCCCUGGGGGGCCUUUGGAGGGCCUCUGAAGAGAAGCAGCGAGGAAGGAGGGGAGGCCGAGGGCUCCCCUGGGCAGCCCCUGGGAGCCGGGAAGCUGAGCUGCACCCAUCCCCCUCCCCCCUCCUUUGAACCCCCAAAGCAAAGUCAGGGGAGGCUUUGGAGAGGGACGUUUUAGGGGAGCCCUCGCCAGCUCCCUUUUGGAGGAGAAGGGAAAAGAGGAGAAGCCAAGCCCCAGAAGAGCCGGGCAGGUGGGGGGGGGAGUCGUGGGGGUCCUCCUUCCCUCCAACCCUGGGCAGCCGGAUGAGGAGCAGCCCAGAGGGGUGGAUGGCUUGGGGAGACCCUCGGCCUCCUCCUCCUGCUCAGCCCCGGAGAUGCUGCUCCGAUGGCCAGCCUGGCUCUCCUGGGUGCUGCUGCUGCUGCUGGGGCUGGGCUUGCUGGGGCCAGGGUCUGCCUGGGAGCUCCACCUCAGGGACAGGGACAGGGCUGGGACCUUGCUGCUGGACCUCUCCCUGGGACCAGGCUGGUGCUGCGCCUUGGACCAGACCCGCUCUGCUUCGGAGCUGAGGGCAGCGGUGGAGGCCAGCCCCGACGGCAGGCUCAGGAGGAGCCCCAGGCCCUUGGAGUGCUUGCCCUGGGCACCCAGCCCUCAGCCCUUCUACCUCCUCCUGGCCUCCCCCGAGGGUGCCCUCCUCUCCCUCCGGCUGCCCGCCUUCCUCCAUGGCCCUGGCUGCCUCCGGCGGAGGGCCGGAGAGGGCUGGCUCCAUCCCCAACUCUCCAGCCUCCUCCCAUUGAGGCAGCCCCUGCCCUCCCUGCUCUGCCUUCCCGCCAAAAAAGAGGGCCCUGGGGGUCUCUUGCUGGCUGCCCUCAGGUCCCUGACCAGUUUGCCUCAAUGUCGCCGCCCUGAUGGCCAGCCCUGGUCCUGCAAGGCCCAGGGAGGAGAAGGGAAGGGUCAGCCAAUUCAUGGCCACCCAAGAGAAACCGAGGGAGAUAUUAAUGGCCAGCCCCACUCAGAGGCCACAAGCCACCUGCAGCUGCUGUGUCCCUUGAGGAGAAGCCCAGGGCUCCUCCUGCUAGACCUCAAGGCUGAGGGAGUCGGGAAAGAUGAAGGAAAAGGCAGGAAUGGAGAGGCAACCUUCCCACAGAUAGGGGCAAGGGACGAGGGCAAUUGGGAUGUUGGCCCCCGUGGGCCCCGGAGAAUGAGGAGCGUCAAUAACCCACCCCAGUUCAGGUUGACCAACUACCAGGUCUCCAUCGCGGAGAACCAGCCUGCAGACACGGCGGUCAUCACGCUUGAGGCCCAUGACCCAGAUGAAGGGGAGGCCGGCCGGCUGGUGUACUCCAUGGAGGCCUUCUUUGACAAGCGCUCUAACGACUUCUUUGCCAUCGAUGCCGAGACGGGAGUCGUGGUGACCACACGUAGCCUGGACCGGGAGACCAAAGACACCCAUGUGCUUCAAGUGACGGCUACAGACCACGGCACCCCCCGCCACCGGUCGGCCACCACCUUUCUGACAGUGACUGUGAGCGACACCAACGACCACAGUCCGGUAUUUGAGCAGCCCGAGUAUCGAGAGAACAUCAGAGAGAACCUGGAGGUUGGUUACGAGGUGCUGACCAUCCGCGCCACGGACAAGGACGCACCCGACAAUGCCAACCUGUUGUACCGUAUUUUGGAACCGGGGGCUGGGGAAGGGGUUUUUGAGAUUGACCCACACUCUGGUGUGGUGAGAACUUGUGCCCCUGUGGACCGAGAGGAGGUCUCAGAGUACCACCUUGUAGUAGAAGCCAACGACCAAGGCAAAGAUCCUGGUCCUCGUAGUGCCACUGUCACAGUCCAUAUCACGGUGGAAGAUGAGAAUGACAAUUCUCCGCAGUUCAGUGAGAAACGAUACUUGGUACAAAUCCCGGAGGACACCCCGAUAAACAACCAAGUGCUCCAGGUGCAAGCCACCGACAGAGACCGUGGCAGCAAUGCCCAGGUCCACUAUAGCAUUGUAAGUGGCAACCUCAAGGGCCAGUUCUACAUCCAUUCUUUCUCUGGCUCUAUUGACUUGAUCAACCCCUUGGACUAUGAGACUAUCCGAGAAUACACCCUGAGAAUCAAAGCCCAGGAUGGGGGAAGGCCUCCACAGAUCAAUUCCAGUGGAAUGGUGUCCAUCCAAAUAUUAGAUGUAAACGAUAAUGCCCCCAUUUUUGUAAGCACCCCCUUUCAAGCCACAGUACUGGAGAAUGUGCCUUUGGGCUAUUCAGUGUUACAUAUUCAGGCAGUAGAUGCUGACUCAGGGGAUAAUGCUCGCUUGGAAUACAGACUCAUUGAGUUGGCUUAUUCAUCUGCUCUGGUAGCCGCUGGUGGAGAUGUGAGUUUUCCAUUCCAGAUUAACAACAGUACUGGGUGGAUUACAGUGUCAGCUGAGCUUGAUCGGGAGACUGUGGAGAAUUACCACUUUGGAGUAGAGGCCAGGGACCACGGAGUGCCUGUCAUGACUUCUUCUGCCAGUGUGUCCAUUACUGUCCUCGAUGUCAAUGAUAACAGCCCUACUUUCACUGAAAAGGUUUAUCACCUCAGGCUUAAUGAGGAUGCUACAGUAGGUAGCAGUGUCUUGGCCCUGACGGCAGUAGACAAAGAUGUCAACAGUGUGGUGACCUACCAGAUCACUAGUGGUAACACAAGAAACCGUUUUGCUAUCACCAGUCAGAGUGCAGGUGGACUGAUCACUCUGGCCUUGCCCCUGGAUUACAAGCAGGAGAGGCAGUAUGUGCUGACAGUCACUGCUUCGGAUGGAACUCUAUUUGACACUGUCCAAGUCUUCAUCAAUGUCACAGAUGCCAACACACACCGACCAGUUUUCCAGAGUUCCCACUACACAGUGAGUGUCAGUGAAGAUAAGCCUGUUGGUACAUCCAUUGUAACAAUUGUUGCCACUGAUGAGGAUACUGGGGAGAAUGCUAGGAUCACUUAUGUUCUGGAGGACAGCAUCCCUCAGUUCCGCAUUGACCCUGACACAGGCACAAUCACAACUCUUAUGGAGCUAGACUAUGAGGACCAAGCCUCUUAUACAUUGGCAAUUACAGCCCAGGAUAAUGGGAUUCCUCAGAAAUCCGACACCACCUAUGUGGAGAUACUCAUUCUGGAUGCCAAUGACAAUGUGCCCCGUUUCCUCCGUGACCGCUACCAGGGCACAGUCUUUGAAGACGUGCCCCUUUCUACCAGUGUCUUGCAGGUGUCUGCCACCGACCGUGACUCAGGACCUAAUGGCCGCCUCCUUUACACUUUCCAGGGUGGUGAUGAUGGUGAUGGAGAUUUUUACAUUGAAGCCACAUCAGGAGUAAUACGGACGUUACGCAAGCUGGAUCGUGAAAAUGUGGCUGUCUAUAGCCUGCGGGCUUUUGCUGUGGAUAGGGGCAGCCCACCCCUCAAAGCCUCAGUGGACAUCCAGGUUACAGUAUUGGAUAUCAAUGAUAACCCACCUGUUUUUGAACAAGAUGAGUUUGACAUCUAUGUGGAGGAAAACAGCCCUGUUGGUUCUAUUGUGGCCCGGAUCAGUGCAGUAGAUCCAGAUGAGGGAACGAAUGCACAGAUUAUGUAUCAGAUUGUGGAAGGGAACAUCCCUGAGGUCUUCCAACUUGAUCUUCUCAACGGUGAUCUUACAGCCCUGAUGGACCUGGAUUACGAGAGCCAGACAGAAUAUGUAAUUGUGGUACAAGCUACUUCCGCCCCUCUUGUGAGCCGAGCCACUGUCCACAUACGCUUGCGAGAUCAGAAUGACAACCCACCUGUUUUACAAGACUUCCAGAUUCUUUUUAACAAUUAUGUCACCAACAAGUCAAACAGCUUCCCAUCUGGAGUGAUUGGCAAAGUCCCUGCUCAUGACCCUGAUAUAUCUGACCGCCUUGACUACACCUUUGUCCAGGGCAAUGAGUUAAACCUGCUGCUUUUGGACUCUGCCACCGGAGAGCUGAAGCUCAGCCGCGAUCUAGACAACAACAGACCCCUGGAGGCCAUCAUGAAAGUUUCAGUUUCAGAUGGCAUUCACAAUGUCACGGCACUUUGCACCUUACGGGUGACAAUCAUCACUGACGAUAUGCUGACCAACAGUAUCACAGUACGACUGGAAAACAUGUCUCAAGAGAAAUUCCUCUCUCCACUACUUGCUCUGUUUGUGGAAGGUGUGGCUACUGUGCUUUCAACAACCAAAGAGGGCAUUUUUGUCUUCAACAUUCAAAAUGACACAGAUGUCAACUCCAAUAUUCUGAAUGUUACAUUCUCUGCGUUGCUUCCUGGUGGUAUUCGAAAUGAGUUCUUUCCCUCUGAGGAUCUUCAGGAGCAGAUAUACCUCAACAGAACACUCCUCACAUUAAUAUCUAACCAGCGUGUGCUACCUUUUGAUGACAACAUUUGUUUGCGGGAGCCUUGUGAAAACUACAUGAAGUGUGUGUCUGUACUGAAGUUUGACAGCUCUGCUCCAUUCAUAAGUUCCAACACUGUCCUGUUCCGACCCAUACACCCGAUCAAUGGGCUGAGAUGUCGGUGUCCCCCUGGUUUUACAGGUGACUACUGUGAAACAGAGAUUGACCUUUGCUACUCUAACCCUUGUGGAAACAAUGGCCUUUGCCGGAGCCGAGAAGGAGGCUACACAUGUGAAUGUUAUGAAGACUACACUGGAGAGUCCUGUGAAGUGAAUGCUCGCUCUGGACGCUGUGCUCCUGGAGUGUGCAAGAACGGAGGCACUUGUAUUAAUCUGCUCAUAGGAGGUUUCAAAUGUGAGUGCCCCCCUGGUGAAUUUGAGAGACCUUAUUGUGAGAUGACCACAAGAAGCUUUCCUCCACAAUCAUUUGUCACCUUCAAGGGUUUAAGGCAACGCUUCCAUUUUACAGUCUCUCUCACGUUUGCAACUAGAGAAAAGAAUGCUCUGCUUCUCUACAAUGGCCGCUUUAACGAAAAGCAUGAUUUCAUUGCACUUGAGAUCAUUGAAGAGCAGAUCCAGCUGACAUUCUCUGCAGGGGAAACCACUACAACGGUUGCUCCAUUUGUUCCAGGAGGCGUUAGUGAUGGACAGUGGCAUUCGGUUCAGGUGCAGUACUACAACAAGCCUAACAUAGGAAGAUUGGGUAUACCUCAUGGACCUUCAGGGGAGAAGGUGGCAGUGGUAACGGUGGAUGACUGUGAUACAGCAGUGGCUGUGCGUUUUGGAAGCUUCAUUGGAAACUACUCAUGUGCUGCUCAGGGAACACAGACUGGCUCAAAAAAGUCUUUGGAUCUCACUGGCCCUUUGCUUCUUGGGGGAGUUCCAAACUUGCCUGAAGAUUUUCCAGUGCAUAACAGACAGUUUGUUGGCUGCAUGAGGAACCUUUCUAUCGAUAGCAAGCCAAUCGACAUGGCCAGCUACAUAGCCAACAAUGGCACUCUGGCAGGCUGCUUGGCUCAGAAAAAUUACUGUACCACCAACUGGUGUCAGAAUGGAGGCAGAUGUGUGAACAAAUGGAAUACAUAUUCUUGUGAGUGUCCCCUGCAGUAUGGUGGGAAAAACUGUGAGCAAGUCAUGCCUUUUUCUCAUCGUUUCACUGGGGAGAGCAUCAUCAUCUGGAGUGAUCUUGAUAUCACUAUUUCUGUACCAUGGUACAUUGGUCUCAUGUUUAGGACCCGAAAGGUUAAUGGCAUGUUAAUGCAAGCUAAUGCAGGGCUGUCAUCCAAGAUCAGCAUUCAGAUACUAAAUAAAUAUGUGGUGUUUGAAGUUUAUGAUGGCUUGAACCAAGUAGCCAGUUUGACAAUGACCCAGUCCCGAGUCAGCGAUGGCGAGUGGCAUCAUUUGCUAAUAGAAUUGAAGAGCUCAAAAGAUGGCAAAGACAUCAAGUACCUGGCUGUUGUGACUUUGGACUAUGGGAUGUAUCAGAGCACUAUAAAGAUUGGAAAUCAGUUACCUGGACUAAAAAUGAAAAGCAUUAUUGUGGGAGGCGUCUCUGGAGAUCACGUCUCUGUUCAGCAGGGCUUCUACGGCUGUCUCCAGGGAGUGAGAAUGGGAGAGACAUCUACCAAUGUAGCUACACUGAACAUGAAACAGGCAAUCAAGAUUAAUGUGAAGGAAGGCUGUGAAGUGGACAAUCCCUGUGAUUCUAAUCCUUGUCCCCAGCACAGCUAUUGCAGUGAUGACUGGGACAGCUAUUCAUGCAUUUGUGACCCAGGGUACUUUGGGACAGACUGCGUUGAUGUAUGUAGCCUGAAUCCAUGUGAACAUGUCUCCACUUGUGUCCGUAAACCAAGCUCUUCUCAUGGAUACACCUGUCAAUGUGGGCAAAGCUAUUAUGGACAAUAUUGUGAAAGCAAAAUUGAUUUGCCUUGUCCCAGAGGCUGGUGGGGAAAUCCUAUUUGUGGGCCAUGCAACUGUGAGAUCAGUAAGGGAUUUGAUCCAGAUUGCAAUAAGACGAAUGGAGAGUGUCGGUGUAAGGCAAACUAUUACAGACCACAAAAUAGUGACACCUGCUAUCCAUGUGACUGUUUCCCUUCUGGUUCCCAUAGUCGCAUCUGUGACAUGGAAACAGGACAGUGUCCCUGUAAAGCAGGAGUGAUUGGCCGACAGUGUAAUCGCUGUGAUAAUCCCUUUGCUGAAGUUACUGUUCAUGGCUGUGAAGUGGUUUAUAAUGGAUGUCCCAAAGCAUUUGAGGCUGGCAUUUGGUGGCCACAAACAAAAUUUGGACAACCUGCUGCUGUGCAUUGUCCCAAAGGAUCAGUUGGAAAUGCUGUCCGGCACUGUAACAGCGAAAAAGGCUGGCUGCCUCCUGAACUUUUUAACUGUACAACGGUUGGCUUCAUGGAUCUUAAAAUUAUGAAUGAGAAGCUUCUGCGCAAUGAGACCAACAUGGAUGGUGACAAAUCAGUACAGAUUGCCAAAGUUCUUCAGAAUGCUACAAACCACAUAGGCUCCUUCUAUGGAAACGAUGUGCGAACAGCCUACCAGAUGAUGAUCCGGGUAUUGCAGUAUGAGAGCCAGCAGCAAGGGUUUGAUCUCGCUGCAACAAAGGAUGUGGACUUCAAUGAGAAUAUCAUAAGAGCAGGUAGUGCUCUACUGGAGCCUAGCACCAAAGAGCAUUGGGAGCACAUUCAGAGGACAGAAGGGGGCACGGCACAUCUGCUGAAACAUUAUGAGGACUAUUUCAUCAAUGUGGCAAAGAACAUGCAAAAGACCUACAUGAAACCUUUCAUUAUUGUUGCCACAAACAUCAUUAUUGCUGUUGACAUCUUUGAAAAGUCCAAUUUUACGGGAGCUAAAGUACCACGAUUUGAUACGAUUAAAGAAGAUUAUCCUAGAGAUUUGGAGUCGUCUGUUUUGUUUCCUGAUACUUUGUUCAAAGCUUCCAACAGAAAAGCAGUUCCUACGAUGAAACCUUCAAACCAUAGGUUGCCUGCCAAGAUGGGAGAUGAGAUUUUCAAAAGCAAAAAUAUACUUGCCAAAAGAAAGCGUCGGCAUCCAGAAGAGUCGAACCAGCAUGCUGUUGCCAUUGUAAUCAUAUACAGAACACUAGGGGAAUUUCUGCCUGAGAACUAUGAUCCUGAUCGAAGGAGUUUAAGGUUACCCAGUCGACCCAUCAUUAACACCCCAAUAAUCAGCACAAUAGUUUAUAGAGAUGGAGAGUCUUUACCAGAUAUUCUGGAGAGCCCAAUCACACUGGAGCACGUCAUGCUGGAAACUGAAGAGAGAACAAAGCCAGUUUGUGUAUUCUGGAACCACUCAAUUACAAUUGGAGAAACAGGUGGAUGGUCUUCAAAGGGAUGUGAACUAUUUUCUAGAAGCCAGAAACAUGUCAUUUGCCAGUGUAACCACCUGACCAGUUUUGCUGUCCUAAUGGAUAUUUCAAAACGUGAAAAUGGUGAAGCACUUCCUCUGAAGAUUAUCACUUACACAACUGUGUCCAUCUCGCUGGCAGCUUUGUUGCUUACAUUUAUACUUCUUGUCUUGAUCCGAACAUUACGUUCCAACCUGCACAGCAUCCACAAAAACCUAGUGGCUGCCUUGUUUUUCUCAGAGUUAGUCUUCUUGAUAGGAAUCAACCAGACAGAAAAUCCAUUUGUCUGCACUGUGAUAGCCAUUCUUCUGCACUACUUCUACAUGAGCACAUUUGCUUGGAUGUUUGUAGAACAGCUUCAUAUCUACCGCAUGCUGACUGAAGUGAGAAACAUAAAUUUUGGACACAUGAGGUUCUACUAUGUUAUGGGCUGGGGGAUCCCUGCCAUUAUAACAGGUCUUGCAGUGGGCCUGGAUCCACAAGGCUAUGGGAAUCCAGAUUUCUGUUGGCUCUCUGUUCAUGACACCCUGAUUUGGAGCUUUGCAGGACCCAUUGUGAUUGUUGUGGUUAUCAACAUCAUAAUCUUCAUAUUAGCAGUCAAAGCAUCAUGCAGAAGAAGGCAACGUUCACUGGAGAAAACUGGUAUCAUUUCGGUUCUGCGGACUGCUUUCCUCCUUCUCCUGUUGAUCAGUGGUACCUGGCUACUGGGUCUAAUGGCAGUGAACAGUGAUGUGAUGACAUUUCACUACCUCUUUGCCAUCUUUAGUUGUUUACAGGGCCUGUUCAUCUUUUUCUUCCACUGUAUUUUCAAUAAAGAAGUAAGGAAACAUUUGAAGAAUACUUUCACUGGAAAGAAGCCUCUUCCAGAUGAUUCCACAACAACAAGGGCAACGUUAUUAACACGGUCUCUGAACUGUAAUGACACAUACAUAGAGGAGCCAAAUAUGUAUCGCACUACAAUUGGUGAAUCCACGGUCUCCUUAGAAAGCACUGUCAGGUCAGCCAAGAGUCACAAUAGCUACCUUGCUCAUAUUCUCAGAGAUGAAGCUGCCCAAAAGCUCAGUGUAUCAUCAAGCCAAGCAAAGGCCAGUCAUACAGAAGGUGAUUCCUCCAUCUUCCACAGGAAACCAUCAAAAUCCCAUGAGCAUGACUCUGAUUCUGACAGUGAGCUGUCCCUCGAUGAGCACAGCAGUUCCUAUGCUUCCUCUCACUCUUCGGACAGUGAGGAAGAUGCGAUAGAUACAGAGAAGAAAUGGAACACAGCCGCUUCAAAAAGCAACGAUCGAGGCCCCCUCCACAGCACUCCCAAGGUUGAGUCAGUUCCCAAUCAUGUGAAACCCUACUGGCCAUCUGAAGGCAUCAUAGCUAGUGAUGGUGAGGAGCCAAAUGCAAAGCAAAAACUGAAAGUGGAAACCAAGGUUAAUGUAGAGCUUCACCGGGAAAAUCAAGGCAACCACAGCAGCGAAAUACCUCAGGACAAAGAGAAUGAAGUGCAGCAGAAGGAGAACAAACCAUUUACUCAGCAAAACCACCAGCAGCCAGAACAGAGGAAAGGCAUAUUGAAAAACAAAGUUACCUACCCUCCUCCAUUGGUGGACAAAAAUGUGAAAAAUCGGCUGCGGGAAAAACUGUCGGAUUAUAAUCAAACCACAAUCUCAUCCAGAAUGACUUCUAUUGGGACAAACAAUGGAGUUCGAGCCAAUUCAGAUUCUGGGGUGAUGAUAAAGAGCCCAAGAAGAGACCAACCUCCAGAGCAAAUAAAUGGUUUGGCCAUGAAUGUCCAUGUGGGAGCUGUUACUGCUGAGACCUCAGAUUCUGAAGGCAGUAAUGAAACUUCAAUUUGAAUCAUCAGGAAAUUGUGACGACUGUUGCAACUUGGAGGACUGCUCCACUGAUGGCACUUCCUCAGGACCUCUUGAUUCUGCCCUCUCCUGUGCAGUGAGAACACAAAGGACGAGACAUCGGGGGAAAUUCCAUGUGACGGAUCUUCCCCAGGUUCCUGUGAGGUGUUUGCUGAGGCUACUUAGGGUAUAUUCAGUGCCUGCCUGCAUAAAUUGUGCCAAAACAGGUGGAGACCAAUAAAUGGAACUCAUAAAUGGAACUCAUGACUGGCAAAGAAUGCCUUCCAGAAACAUAGACAGAGCCGUAGCUAUGCUGCAAGUGCUGCCAAGCUAGUGAAUGACUUGAUAUGAGGAAGAAAUCGUACAGCAUAUCUACCAUCAACUGAGUCCCAUCUGGUCUUUUGAGGUGUUGGGUUUUGUUCUGGUCCAACAGCAUCUCUGAACUCAGGAGAAAAACAUUAUCAUACCAAGUGCCCUUGAAUUUCUUUGCCAGCUUCUACACCAGCUUGUGGUGUUUGGUCUUAAAUAUCAUCCUUUUGAGAUAUAUAUAUAUAUAUAUAUAUAUAUAUGUAUAUGUAUAUAUAUAUAAAAUGCUGUAGAUAAUUUUAUAUAUUUUGUAUGGUGAUUUUUUUAAAAAAGGUUGUUUUGUACAUUUCAUAUAAACUGAUUUUCUUAAAUUUGAAAGCAGGAGAGCAGUUGUGAAAGAGCUUUGAUAUUUUUUAUAUUAAAAAAGAAUUGCACAAGUGUACUUGAAUUUGGCAUUUGAGGGGAGGGGGAAACAUAACUAGUGUCCACAUCAAAACUGACCCAAUUCUGCUAUGGUCUUUUUUAAAAAGGCUGCAAUAUAACUUUGGACAUUUCAGUGUAACUUCAGUUUCUAAGGAGAAUUAGUCAGAAUCAUUUGAAAUAUUAGCACCAUGUUUUUUUUUUGUGAAUUAUCUCAAAAGCAGUCUGGCCCUCUCCCCACUCUUUAGUCUAUGAGUAAAUCUUUUCUUUCUUUCCCCAUCAACAGAGUUCAUAUCCUGCUUUCUGCUUAAGUUUUAAAAUUGUUCUUAGGGUGAAAAUAUAUCUUUGUUUACAGUACCAUCUAGUUUUCAUAUUAAAAUUUGUGCUUUUUUUGGGAUGCCACCCUUUGAAACCUUUUCCUUUAAAAAAAAUACCUUGGAUUAUCUGUCAACAGUCUCCUCCAACAACCCACCUCCACUUAAUUUUGCAAACAGGACAUUUCCAAGGAUGUUUCAGUUUAAUUUGUUAGUAGUUGAGGAACUGUUCCAAGGGGAUUCAUUUUUUCCAUGUGAGGUGUGAAAGAAAGGCAGCAUCAUUAACUUUGUAUUGCUAUCAAUGUGCUGAGCUAAGACUAUGGAAUAACAAGGUUCAAACCCCACUAAUCCAUGGAAUCCUACAGUGAACUUGGGCAAGUCACCCCCUCUGAAUAAAUCUUGCAAAGAAAACCCUGUGGUAGGUUUGCCAUAAGCCAGAAAUGACUUGAGAACACACAUUAACAACAGAAUGUUCAGGAAGAAGGCUUGGAUUAUGUUAAUAUUUUUAAAGUGAUUUUCUGCUGUGGGAUCUCAGUCACCUCCACUAAGACUCAGCAUGAGCCCUUCACCUUCUGGAAAUACUGCUUACAGAAGGUCUCUUGGAAUUAACUAAUGGCAUGGCAUGUUACAUCUGGGUAGCAUGAAAUUUACAGCGCUUCAUAAAUAAAGGUUAAUAAUAAUAAUAAUAACUCCAAGAUGGAAAAUCUCAAAUGAGAUUUUACAUUAGCCAUAAACUCAUUAAAGCAGGGGUGGGGAAUCUCUGAACUGCAUUUAUCACAGGACAGUGCUUCCCAAGGACAUGUUUGAUGUCUGCACCCCUUACAAAAGUAAUAUCACUCUUUGUUGCACCCCCUGGAGGUGUGGGCACCCCAGAUUGGAAACCCCGGUCAUAGGGCAACAUAAAGAAAAAUUCCCAGUGGACUGUGUUAUCUACUUCAAAAAGCUCUGUAUUUGAUACAGGUAUAUGCCAUUUCCAGGACCAUAUUUCUGCUGGCUACCAAGCAGACUCUCUUUUGAUUAAAUGUAUGAAAGACAAUGAAAAGAUUCAAAUCAAGUUUGAUUCUGGAAUGCUACUACUAUGCAGAACAAAUGAAAUAAAAUGACAAUUGGCCUGUCCCAAGUUUUAAAAUGUUCUCACGCAGGAUGAAUAGAUGUAAACCACGUGGUUUACAUCGUGAUUGAAUUCACUAAAGAGCAAAGGAAAAUCUUUUAUUUAAAUUGAGUUUUUAAUUCUCUAAUUUGUAUAAUUAAUGAAAAGCAAGCACAAGUGGGUGCCGCAACCAUUAAUAUUUGUUUACAACUAAACGUAUUACCCAGCAGCUUCAUUUAGACCAUGGCUAUGCAGCCUUCAAGCCAUUUGCACUACAGAAUUUCUAUUUGCUUAAGAGAGAAGUUGCGAGAUUAACUAUAUUUAUAUUGUGCAGUCCCUACUUCUCUUAUUAUAUAGACAUAGACACCUGUACAUAAAUUCAAAGUAAAAUCACCACAUUGAGGACUUAAAUGCCCAGAAGUGCCUUUCCGGAAGCAAGGGCCAGUGGUUGCUGGGCUGAACAGUGCUCUUCCAUAAUGAUACUGGAGACAUGUCAUAUUUGAUUCAUGGAAUAUAAAUGUUCUUAAUUUGUGAAUUAAUUAAAAGUAUAUGUCAUAUUUAUGAUUCUUCAUCUCAGAACUCAUUUUGUUGUUCCUGGUACAGAAAAGCAGGCAUUGCAUAGAAAAGCAAGCAUUUAAUACAUCCACCUGAGUGAAACACUUCUACGCACCACUGAUUUUAGUAGGAAAACAGAACAUGCACUGAAACCUUUGAAAUCAUUGUGUCUUAAACAGUCAUUGAGCCAUGAUUCAAUUUAAGAGACUGUAUGUAUACGUUUAAUAAGACUUUCUUGCAUUCAGAUUCAAAUCAUGUUAUUUAAGGGAUACUUAAAUGUUGUUUUUUUCAAUUGGAAAUUCAUUAACCUAAUCAUCUUCUACUGCCCCUCUUCUCAAGAGGCCUUUUCACAUGAGAGAAAAGAGUCUGACUCUUUAAAAAUUAUUGCUUUCAUGCUGUGUGAAACUUUGAGGUAAAACAGUUGAAUGUGUAUCAACUUUUCAGAGUUGGUUAUGUGCUAAAUGAUAUUACAGCUGUUUCACAUCUAUGUGUAUAUUUUGUCCCAGUGAGGUGUAGUUAGUUAUUUUUGAUCCAAACUGUUUGUUGCAGUUAAGUUGUGCUAACUACAAGCAGGAGGGAAAACAACUUUUCUUUCUUUUUUACAGUUUAUGACAGAUUAGACACUGGAGGGUGUGUGUUUUUUAACAAAUGUAUACAGUAUUUAUUAAUGUGCAGAACACUGGAAUUGAAGCACAGAUGAGAGAACUUAAUAAAUUAAGGUUUUGAAUUUGUA